AGAGGUGGAAUGCAGCAGGAACAAGCAGAGGGUGGUCAGUGUUUAGGUUUUAGUUUCUAUGUUAGGCUGAUUACUAGGGUAAAAUCUGCACUGGGACGCCCUCCUGUUUAGGCGAGGAGAUUUCUAACCAUGUACUGCCGUCCUCGCACAAAGUUUUGACUCGAAACUAUUAAUAAAUUAACUAUCAAUAGAGAACUUUAACUAUCAACAAAUGUUCUAAAGGAAAAAAACCUUUUCAUUUUGGCAAUGAAGAGCUCAGCUUUGUGGGUUUUAGUGGAAUGUGCCAGCAGAGUUCUUGGCAUCUCGACUGCUGCAGUGCUUUGUGCAGUGGGUCUAGAGACUCAGAGACAGGGGGAGUUCAACAGCUUGGCCGUCUAUCUCCUGCUCUCUUCGGUGCUGAUCAUGAUUUUUGAAGUCUCCUAUUUCAUCGACACUCUGUUGGCAAUGUGCCUUCCUUGUCCACCUACAUGUAAGAUUUUCAUUCUUUGGAAGAAGAUGGCCAAUGUUGGGGGUUUUCAGAAGUUUCUCUACUACACAAUGAUGUCUUUGAUGUGUUUCCUGCAUCCAGUGCUUGUAUGGCAUGCUGUAAUACCAGGAAUUAUGUUGGUUGUGACUGGAUUCUUUAACUUCAUACUGAGCAAAAAGAAGAAGUCAGAUCCACCAAAAGAGUCCAGGUCAUCCCAUAGAGACUCGGCUCUGUCUACUGUCUGUGUCACAGACAGAGAGGACACUGAACACACAUUCUCUUUCUUCCACAUCAUUUCAGGCAAAAGAGCAUCUUUUUUUCCUAGCAAUAGCAAACUGCAUGGUCCCACAGACAGGGCUCAGACAGCGAAGAAUACCCAACGCAAGAACAGACAAACAGACACAAGAAAUGUGCACUUCAUUGAGAGUCUCAGACAUAAUGAUGAUGAAAUGGAAGAAUACCAUGAAGUGGAACCAGAGGAUAGCACGUCUGAUAAAGCACCAAUGAUUAGACCGUAAACACAGUGUAUUGUUGGCUAUUUCUACAAAUGUAUCCAUGCUACUUAUGAUCAAAUAUGGUGAAUUGUUGCUCAAGUAACAUUUAUUAUUAUCAAUGUUAAAACUGAAAUGAUUUUUUACUUUUCUUUUUUACAUGGCUAAUGGAUGAAGUGUAAAAGAAUAGCAUUUAUUUGAAGCAUUAAUGUCACUUUUGGUCAAUUUAAUGCAUCCUUGCUGAACAAUGACAUUGUAUAUACAAAAAUGAUAAACAAUCAGCAGCAGAUCAAAAGCAAAUACACAGUAAAAGUACUGACUAACCUAAAAAAUGUUUUAUGUAGUGACAUCUAAAUUUACUUGUUUUAUUUAAUGUAAUAUCACUGAAUCACUGAAUUUAGAAUUUAUUUUUCUAAAUAUCUGCUCGCAGUCUUUAACAUCUUUCUUUUACAAGAUUGAGCUCCUGAAACAACCUUUAAACACUGUCUGCCAAAGAAUUGCUUUUUAUUCCAGUCUGUAAGCUUAAGGCCUGGAGCUCCUGCAUCCAGUCUCCAUACGUCAAUACAAUUAAGAGAUUCCAUUCAUCAUACUGACCCAGACAAGAGGGUUUCAGCCUAAACACUGGACAGCAACCCCCAUGCGUUAUUCCUCUCCAUUAACCUGUAUGGAUGACUUCAACAUCCUGAAUUCUUGAGUAUGCUGCAUUCAUGUGUGGUGUUAAAUGGAUAAAUUUUAAAUUACUCAGUAAAUAAAUUCUUUGCACUUAUGCUGUGGGUCUAAUCAAA